AUGAUCUGCAUCCAUCAUAUUUACAUAGUAUCAAUGUACGAAAAUGAACAACAACAAGAACAACCAAGCAUUGUGCAAAAACUAAUCGAUUUUAAUGAUGUGCAAGCACCGUUAAAAGAACGAAAAACAUUGCUUGAAAAUGACAAUAUGGACGAUGAUGAAUUAUGCAAUGCAUUUGACAAGUAUAAUGAAGAAUUAUAG